GAUACCCUGGACUGGAUGCCACUCGUCACCGAGUCAACUCGGAAUCGUAAAUCAACCGUUCGUUUGCUCCUCGCAUUGGCUUCUAUUAAAAUCUCGGAAUCUUUACUUCGCUUCAUUCGCUCUCUAUCGAUGUCCUCUUCCACUUCAUCUCCUACAAUGGAUGCCGCAACCCUCCGUCGCAACCGUAUUCUGUCGAGCAAGCUCUACUUAGAUGUUGCUCCCUCCAAGAUUCCGGUGAUUUACUCGUCUGUGUAUGACAUCUCCUUCCUUGGCAUAGAGAAGAUGCAUCCAUUUGAUUCUUCUAAAUGGGGUCGCAUAUGCCAAUUCCUCAUUUCUGAAGGUGCUUUGGACAAAAAUAGUGUUGUCGAACCUCUGGAAGCUUCAAAAGAUGAUCUCCUUGUGGUACAUUCAGAAUCAUACUUGAAUAGUCUUAAAGGCAGUCAAAAUGUUGCCAUGAUUAUUGAGGUGCCCCCUGUUGCACUAUUUCCCAAUUGCAUAUUACAGAAAAAGGUUCUUUACCCUUUUCGCAUGCAGGUAGGAGGAACUAUUUUGGCAGCUAAGCUUGCAAAGGAGCGAGGAUGGGCCAUCAAUGUUGGAGGAGGAUUUCAUCAUUGUUCUGCUGAAAAGGGUGGUGGCUUUUGUGCUUACGCUGACAUCUCUCUCUGCAUACAUUAUGCCUUUGUUCGGUUAAAUAUAUCAAGGGUUAUGAUAAUUGAUCUUGAUGCACACCAGGGAAAUGGCCAUGAAAUGGAUUUCUUUGAUGACAGACGAGUGUAUACUCUGGAUAUGUACAAUCCUGGAAUAUAUCCAUUUGAUUUUGAGGCUAGAAGAUACAUUGAUCAGAGAGUUGAAGUAGCAAGUGGGACGACAACUAACGAGUACUUGAGUAAAUUAGAUGAAGCUCUUGAGAUUGCUGGGCAUACCUUUAACCCUGAAUUGGUGAUAUACAAUGCUGGCACAGAUAUCCUUGAUGGUGAUCCAUUGGGGAGGUUGAAGAUUAGUCCUGAUGGAAUAACCAGCAGAGAUGAGAAGGUUUUCAGGUUUGCUCGUGAAAGGAAUACUCCUCUUGUCAUGCUCACAUCAGGUGGUUAUAUGAAGUCCAGUGCCAGAGUUAUUGCAGACUCAAUUGCAAACCUCUCUCAGAAGAGCUUGAUAAACUUGAGCAGUUAACCUGCAAAUUUUUUUACUGCUCUGUGAAGUCACUUAAGUAGUUUUAUAUGUGGCUUCGUAUAAACUCUGAUCUGCUGAUGUCCUGGGCAUAAGUUUAUGCAUUUUCAUCUGCAGGGACAGGCUCCUUCUGAUGGUUGGGUUCAAAAUUGAAGCUUGUGAUGGGAGAAAGUAGAAAAAUAGAAAAGCAGAGAGGAAUGUACAGUUAAAGAAGCAGUAUAUGGUUAUAUUCAAAAAACAGUAAGCCCUAUUUGGUGUCUCUAGGAUUUCAUCUCGCAAUGGUUCACAGCAUGUGAAACAUGUACAGGAUGUAACGAGGUCCCAGGCCAAGUGCGGAGAUCCUGUGUUUUGAUAUCAGCUGAUUGCCACUAAUGAGGAUUAGCAGAGCUGCAAAACGUUGAUAUAUCUUUUGCUUUAAGAGUUUAUUUCCGUGUUGUUCUAGUAUCAACGACGAGAAUGCUAUAGUAUUGAUAUCCAUGGUUAUGUACUUCUUUGGCUUUUGUUGAACUGGGUGUGUACUAUAUGCGUGCGAAUUCGAUCAAGAUGUUGACGCGGGUGAAAUGGUCUGAGUUUAAGUCUA